AUGGCACAUUUGCUAUUUCCCGAGGUGGACUCCUCGAUUCGCUAUCAUCAUAUCGAGUCUCCUCAGCCGACAGACGAUCCUUACCAGAACCCUUGGUUCCCACAACAUCCACCAUCGCAAUCGUGCCUUAUUCCAGAGAAUACCCGGCUUGAAUCCGGCAGAGACCCCCGACAUAUAAUUGAAGAUUCGAUCGAGGAGAACGGAGAAGAGCGGAUAGCUCAUUUCGAGUAUUACGAGGGAGCAGAAGAGUUCCCAAUUAAAGUUCCACCAGAGCAGUCGGCCGCGUUAAUCUACCAACCACCGACCAAGUACCACGUCAUGGCUGUUCUCCCUGGCCGCUGCGUGCGUGCCUUUCUCGAUUCCUUCGCCCUCAUAAUCAGUCUCGCUUUGGUGGCGCUGCAGUUCGGGCUUCUGGAUUGGUACUACUUGAAUGUGACUGGAGAAAAUGUUUGGGCCGCCUGGAUAGGUCCCGAUUCGGUAGUUCUAAUUCUGAUUGGAGUUCUCGGAAUACUGGCCAUCAAGUACAACAAUGUUCAGAUGGAGGAAGUGUGUUCUGUUGGUGAGUUAACGAUCCUAACAAUGACAAUUCAACUUGAUAAUUUGCAGAUAGCCGAGUUAAGUACGCCUGCUUCGCAUGGGCUGCCUAUUCGCUCAUUCUGAUCUCAAAAGUUGCCACGUGCUUCCGUCUUUUCUACGAAGACAUUCCGGCAACGCCACUUGACAACAACGAUAAACUGUUCGACGACUUUCUGUUCAAAGCGGGCCUCUCGCUCUCUGUUCUCAUCUUCCUGUUCAUCUUCGAAUCCCACCACUACACCCCCCUGGUGUCUGUUCGCCAAAUUUACAUCUCCUAUCUUGUUGCCGCCAUUUGCCUGGAUCUCAUUGACAACAUCUACUUCUUGGACCUCCUUUGGCAAGCAUCGGUAUUAGCUCUUUUUUCAGUUUUCAUUUAUUAACCCUAAUCUUUUAGAAGGACAAGUGGAACCUGGAACUAUGGCUCGAGCUGACUAUUCUGAUUGUCGCUUGCGUCAACUUCUUCAUGCCGGCGUUUGCUCUGGCUAAACUUCGCUAUGCCAAGGUUCCUCGUUUCCUGCUCGUCAGCGAGAAGUUCUGGGCCUUCCUCUACGUGCUGGUCGUUAAUGGACCGUUCCUCGGACUCCGCAUCUACCUCUACAUCAUCCUCGAAGUUCAACAGCACGGAAAGAAGUUCGACCCGUCUCUGUUCGCCGUCAAGAACAUCGCCAUGAUCUACAUUGCCCUUCGCGAGCUGUGGACUCGUCUCCAGUACUGGCGAAUGAAACGCCGUGCAGCCCUCAGUCGCAACGAACUCUCCGCCGCCAUUCACAACCAGGAGGAGGAUCAGUGA